ACUGAGACGUGGAUUUAUUGGGUAAGAACAUGAAUUUUUGUAGUGGGAGUAGAAUGACAGCCCACUAUGAGAGAGAGAGGGAGUGUGUGUGUGUGUGUGUGUAUGUGUGUGUGUGUGGGAGGCUGUAACUUGAGCAGGACUAUGGGAGUGAGAAGGCGCUGUGGUUCGCUGCUCUCCCACACGCCGCCAUCACUCACUCCCUCACUCCCCGCUUAGCGCGCAGCUACGAGCGGCAACGAUGCUGCCUGUUUCCCAGCUGCUCGCUUUAGCCCUGCUUUCAUUCCCCGUUUAUAACGCGGUGUACACGGGCCCUCUACAGCCUGAGAUGUCAAACGGCACCUUUCACCACUUCUUCGUUCCAGACGGCGACUACGAGGAGACCGAGGACCCGGAGAAGUGCCAGAUGCUGUUUAAGUGGCUGGACCGCUCGCCGUGUUUAGCCGAGGAGGACCGGGACUCGGUGAUCCGCGACGACUUCAUCAGCAUCAAGCAACAGGUCGAGGACGCGGCGCGAGUUCUGGAGAGUCUCGGGAGAAGUAUCUCAUACGAUCUGGAUGGAGAGGAUACGUACAGCAAGUACCUGAGGAGAGAGAUCGAUCAAAUAACUGAGGCGUUUUCUGGCGUCGAGAAAUCGCUCAUCGAGCUCGAGGUGAAAUUCAAGCAAGGUCAGGAGUCGGAGCAGAGAGAGGAGCAGGAGUUCACUAAAACGCUGAUGAACCCCAUGCAGAGUGUGAGGAGCUCCCUGCAGGACACACUGGACAUCUCCUCCGGCCUCAAGGACAAACACGAGCUCAUCUCCCUCAUCAUCCGCAGCCAUGGCACCAGGUUAAACCGACUUAAAAACGAGUACUUGAACAUUUAGUGAUCUAAGAAAACUUCUUUUAUCUGGUCAUUUAAGCUGCUUUAGACUUUGGGUUUGAAAUAUUAAUGUGUCAUUCUUUAAAAGCUUCACUUACAUAGGUACAUCAGAAGAUAAGGGCUGGGAGGAUGUUUCUGAAGACACCUCAGGAAAACAGUGCAUCAUGAACUGUUGAGACUAAAUUAUCCUGUGCCACACACUACAGCCACACUGACUUAUUGGCUUACUGAGUUAUUGUCAUGUAAAAUGUUUACUUCCUACAAAGGAUUGUGAUUUUUUUUAAAUUCUUAAACACAUGUCUAAUUCCUAAGCCCUUAACACGACUUUAUGAAACAAA